UGAGUCCCUAACUGCUGUUCCAGCAGCCUCCCACUCGCAAAUAGAUUUUCUGCUGCUUGAUGCCGAAGCGGCCUUUCGUUCAUUGGGUAGAUUCUCGUAGCCUGUAUGAUACUUUGAGCCUGAAGUGCUAAAGUGAAGGUGUUCAAGAAGUUCUGCGUUUGAUCGUGGAUCAAGUACCUAAUUAAAAAGCAGAGGCGAAAGAGAAAUGAAGGCUUCACCCCAGGAGGGACUUGAAAACCUGUACGAAAAAGAGAGGGAGUUUGAAAACCGUGAAAGAGUUUGACCAGUUAAAUGGGCUGGCUGGCUGGAGGAUCGAUGAUUUAGUUUAUUACUUAAGACAUAAGGCUGAGACCAAGAGAGCUCGAGUACCAGGCAAUAACCAGGAUUCUCAAGUUAACAUCUCUACUUAGCGCGGCUGCGCAGCUGGCGAAUCCCGCGCUUCGUUCCGCAAGGGGGCGCUCGGCUGGACACCGACUCCAGGGGAGACGGGGUUGCGGAAAGGCGGAGCCGUGCCUAGCAAGAUGGCGCUCCCCGUGUUGUUGCGCCAGUUCUCCAAGCUGCUGGCUCCAGCUAGGCUCCCAAGCGGCUCUUCAGCGCGAUCAAAGUUCUACGUUCGGGAUCCGCCACAUGACAAACCUGACUGGCUGAAAGUUGGACUGACCUUGGGCACCUCCGUCUUCUUGUGGAUCUAUCUCAUCAAGCAACAUAAUGAAGAUGUUUUAGAGUAUAAAAGAAGAAAUGGGUUGGAAUAAAUUAUUGAAAUACUAAUAUGGUAUGUUCCAUAUAGUGAUUAUACUAGUUCCUUUGGAUUCACCAAUCUGUUGAGUUGUAAACGUGAAAGAAAAAGUUGUAUGUGAAUGUAUGUCAAAUCAGCAUUUGUGUUUUGCAUCAUUAAAUGAAAAAAUAAAAAUACUUCUGUAUUCUUCAGAUUA